UUCAUCAUCAUUCGACUCCCCAACGUUACUAUUUUCAAAAACCCUUUGGACUUGGAGCCAAACGGAUUUCAAAAUUUCCCAUGUCCACCGUCACCUCCUAACCCCCUUUUCCAUUUAUCUGUGUGCCUAUAUCAAACCACAUUCCUCACUGCUGCAAAAACUAAUGAGGAGCUGGUAGCUAGGGGACUUCUACUAUGGGGUGUUUUCUUGCCUGUUUCGGUUUCUCUAAGAAGAAAAAGCGGCGAAAACCGGCUACUAAAGCCGCCGGUGGUGACCAUAGACGUGUGAGUUAUGUACCACUCGAUUCAUCUGUCACAAUUAUUGGUAUUGAUGGUGCAAAAGAAUGUUCGAAAUCUGAACUAUGCAGAGACAAGGCAAAGGAGCAGACAAGGUUGAAAACCCGAAAGAAAGUUAGCUUCAAUCCGAAUGUGCAGACCUAUGAGCCUAUUUCGACCGAUUACCGUUCCUUGGAGAGCUAUGAGGAGGAAGACUUGGAAGAAAAGAAUGUCAAAAGCCUUUCCACUUCAGCAUCUAAAAGGGAUUCAACUACAUUGAGAUUGGGACUGUUUCCCUCAAACUACAGGUACCAAAAUGUACGGGACAGCUACGAAGAAGAGGAAGGCGAUUCAGAUGACAAUGAUAUUGACGUUGAUGAUGAGGAUGACUACUAUGAUGACGAUGAAGAGAGUGAUAUCGAUGAACAACGAACAAGCCGAGAAGGGUUUUCGGAGGAACUAUGUUCUGCCUCUAGAAAUGGAGAAUCGGAGUAUCCAAAUGCUAGAGAUUAUAAGCAUGUGCAUUCUGUACUGAGUCCAGUAGAGAAUCUCAUACAGUGGAAAGCAGCGAAAGCGAAAACAGCAGCACCACAAAAGCACCAAAAGGAGAAUAUUGCAAUAUUUCAACCACCCCAGAUGCCUUAUAGCAGCAGGUCGAAUGUUAACCGGUCCACGAAACCUCUACUGCAACAAAUCCCAGUUCAUGCCAGUCUUUCGAGUUGGUUAAAUUCGCAAAGUAGUAAUUAGUCGGAGGAGACCGGAUUGAAUCUUGAUCAUCAAUAGUUGCACAGUUUCUGUAACUGGAAAUUAGUACAUUGGACAGAUUACAUUUCAUUCAUGGCAAAAAAGAUAAUUUGAUACUUGUAAAAGAGGAUGUGUUUGUGCAUUUGUUUCUGAGUGUCUUGAUUCUUGUAAAAGAGGAUGUCUGAUAGAUUUGUGCUCGUAUUGGGGGGAUUGGUUGUUUGUGU